AUGGUCACUCUUGCUGAAAAACUCCGUGGUCUCACGGAAGCCUAUAAGGAGGAACUUCUAACAAAAAAACAAUAUGAUAAAAUGCAUGCCGAAAUACUAAAACAAUAUUGUAAAUUUUCAGGAACAUCAAUGACGGUAGACAAAUCGCGAGAACCAUUCUGGAGAAGAAUCUUUAAUGAAGCAGUUCGACUCUCUAAGUUCACCUUGCGAACUCUGCUUAUGCCAAUCGUUAGUGCAU